UGCAUGGAUAAGGUUCACACUUACUGAAAAGAAAGAUUAUAAUAUUACCUGGAUUUGUUUUGGUUUACCUUUUUACAUCUUUAUUUACAAAAAAAGUUUUUUUAAAUUUGAAAGUCACUCGUCGUGGUUAUGUCGUUCGCGGGAUGGCUGUGGGGUUUGUUUAUGUUGUUGCUACUGUGUCUUUGUUGCUCGGGGAAACCCACAGAAGAUGUUAAAUCUUGCGAAAAAGGAGGAAAAACGAGAACAGAAAAGGAGCAAUGCUCGGAUGCAUCGUCACUUCGACGUGUAGGCCGUGAAACAUCGAGAGUAGCUGAUAUACUGGAAGAUUGCUGGCUUUGUUUACACCACAGAAAUGAAGUCACCCACCAAGACAAACGUUGCUCUUGUCCUUUGUUCUGGGGACACGGUGGUGGUCUCGCUAAAAGUAAAAUCCCUACAAAGCUUUAUGUGGUUUUUGAUGGUGUAGGACGCAGGAUCUCCUGUCAUAAGCCGGGAACCAACUGGUACAAUCUGUGCAGGAGAAGGCAGACGAAAACUUCCGUGACCACGAAUUGUAUCACUCGAGUGACGCACGACGGAAGAGAGCAGCAUGUGAUGACAGAAAUGUCAAAAUGUCAACCAGUCCAAAGAGUUCAAUCAGCAAGAUAUUGGAGACUACCCGUUCGCCUGUGCUUUGCUUGUGCGACUCAUUGCAAAAUCCCUCCCAAGAUCCCCUUACCUCAUUUAAUAACUAUUGAUAAGAAACCCCCUGGAACCCCUCUCCUGGAAUGCCCUGAUGACCCCCGUCGAUGAGACAUUUGACGAACAAGUAGGAAAAUUCCAAAUUGCAUUGUUUCGGCACUAUGAUGCUGAGUCAGCACCACUCUAUGACCCAGCAACCAUGAGAGACUUUGCCGAAAAGAAUGCCCCAGGGCUAUAUUCAACAAUUCUAAACAGCAUAACCAGAUGCAAGCAUUCAGCCCUCCAAGAGCAGCGCACUGUUACUCUGUUACACACGUUGGCUUACUUUAGGUCUCAGAAAACUAGUAGAUUACAGAAGGAUCUUGGUUUGUACCUCCACCUGCAUGGACUGUCAAGAUCUGCCCUCAACAGUGGCCUUCUGACUAGAUUUGGAUGUGCACCAAGAACAAUAGCCUCAUACAAUAAAGCUAAAAAAAAAACUAUCCAGAACUGCUCACCUAACUCAAUUAACUCCAAAGCACUCCCAUUAUCAUACAAGGACUUGAAACAAUCCUCUUUGUCAUGUUUGCCAGAUCCAAAUAACUGUUGUGAUAAUCAAAACUGCACAGUAAAUAGAAUUGAUACUGAAAUACAGUAUUAAGACUAACUUGGACAGCUAUGUCCAUUCCACACCACCUCCAUCCUGGAGAAAGUGAAGACACUUUCCGAUGCCUUAAAUAAGAGUAUUAUCAGCCCAACGAAAAUGACAGAUCCAGCCAGUAUAUCAGAUCAGCCCAAUAUACCAGACAUUGUCGAUGAAAUUAAUACUUCCUCAAGUAAACCUGCAGAAUAUUACUAUUCAGAUGAGUGGAAUGAGCAUGUUGAUGAAGUACUGUCUAGUUUUGCAGUACCACAGCCUUCAACUCAGACAAGCCAAUCUCAACCUGUAGCACAUUCUCAACCACAACCACUGUCUCAACAACAGCCACAAGUAACAAGAGCUACUACAUCAACCACUGUAACCCAACCUAAUUCUCAAAUUAGCAUAAAUGUUGCAAGUCUCAAACUUGGGUCAUCUACAUUUUGGUUUCUUCCACCAAACAUUUCUCAAGCAACUUUAUUUGGUAGAAAUGGUUCUAGUGCAUGUACAUUUAUUUCCCUAUUAAUGGCCAAUGAGUUUACAACUUCUAAUUACCGUGACAGUUAUCGAUUGGACAGCAAUUCCCCCCUAAGUACUCCAUGGAUAUCUUUACAUGUCACAGCUAUUGCAAGGGGGAACCAAACGUACAAUACCACGACGAAAGGAAAUGUAGAAGCUGCCUCAGUGUAGACUCAGUGUAGAAGCUGCCAAAAGCCAUUUAGCUCCACUACUUGGUUCCCCGAGUGGAUCAGCUAUACUAGAGGAUAAAUCAGCUAUAAUAGAGGAUAGAUUCUUCGAGGCAAACGGCAUUACGAGUUUACGAAAAUUUGUACAUAAUAAAACAAAUCCGAGCACAAUUAUCCACCCUUUGAGUCACAUUGAUACUCUAAGUCAAUAAAGUGGGGUCUUAUUCC